AUGUACGGGAUUCGAGAGUUAUACCGUCCGGUUGAUGGUUCAGUUGAAGUUGACAUAGUUGCCGUUCAUGGACUCAAUGGUCACGCAACGGAGACAUGGACGUCCAAGCAGGGCACAUGCUGGUUGAGUGAUCUAGCUUUCCUGCCAAAAUAUAUCCCGCGUGCCCGGGUUUUAGUGUGGGGCUAUAAUGCAAGCAUCGCGUCCUGGAACGGGAAGACACCCAGCUCGGACAGGGUUUUACAACAUGCACAGACAAUGGUCUCGCAGCUCGAAGCCGAUAGAGAUCUCGAAGAUGCAGCGGAAAGACCAAUCAUCUUUCUAUGCCAUUCUCUCGGUGGUAUAAUAGUCAAAAGAGCGUUGGCUUAUGCAGAGAGUCGGCCCAAACUCGCACAUAUCUACUCAAUCUACACCUGUACAUUUGCUAUCCUUUUCUUCGGCACCCCACAUCAUGGAUCGAGCAAAGCCAAUCUUUUUGGUAGCCUGCAGAAGCUCGCAACACUUGCGGUACCAAAGACUGCCAUGGAGUUCGAGUCGGGACUGGUGAACGCACUCGAAAAAGAAUCUGAGAUAUUGCAGAAUAUUACCGAUCAGUUUGCCCCACUGAUGCCUAACUUCCGCAUUUUCUUUUUCUGGGAGCAGGAGAAGACCAAUCUCAAAUACAAAAGAGACUAUAUCGUGGAAGAAACAAGUGCAGCGCCAAUCCUCGACAAUACUGAAAGAUGCGGCAUCGGUGCAGAUCAUCAAGGAAUGUGCAAAUUCCACAGCCCAGCUGAUCAAGGGUUUAGAACCGCAGUGGCAGCACUACGGCGCUAUACACGAGAUGCACCUAGUGUGAUUCAGCGGAGGUAUCAGAGGUCUGCGGACGUGCAACGAGAUGAGAAAAUGCUCCAGGCUGCAGAGCUACUGGGAACAAUUCCACCUCGAGUUCCGGGCUCCUGUCAAAACUUUUCACGUUCUCUUGAAGCUGCGGACAGUGUCUUUCUUGGGAAAGCCAGGGGCCCCCCAUCUAGUGCUCAUCAGGGAUCAAAUCUUAAAGACUUGAUCGAGGGAAAGGAGCCUGCGAGACCUGAGCCAGCUCAUGUGGCGGGCCAUGAGCAUAAGCAGGUGGAGGUUGACAUUAAGGAUCACUACUGA